UGCAUUCCAUACCAUACUAUCCGAUACCAGCAACUCACUUCACACAAACAACACUUUGAACCGUGAUAGGUUCUUGUGUCGCUGUGAGACUUUUGUAUUCUUCUCCAACAAUCACAUUAUAACCUCGAGCCAUGUCGUUCCUGUUUGGAAGAGCCCGCACACGCACAGUUGCCGAUCUCCCCAAGCAGGCCCGGGAACAUGUCUUGAAGCUCGAGGGGCCACAGGGCCCUUCCAAGGCCGAAGAGCUUGCUCGAGUUUUGAGCCAGAUGAAGACCAUUCUACAGGGAACUCCCGAGGCCGACACCUCUCCAGAACAGAUCUUACAGCUCGUAACUGGUCUCAUUGACGAAGACCUCCUCCACCUGCUCGCCGUCAACCUCUUCCGUCUACCUUUCGAAUCACGUAAAGAUACCCAAGUCAUAUUCUCCUACGUCUUCCGCUUCCGCCCCGCCACUGCCGCCCCCAAAAGCGACCCUCUCGCACUAUCAUACGUUGUCUGCAAUCGACCCCAGGUCCUAGUUGAACUAUGUCGAGGAUAUGACCACAAGGAGAGCGCUACGCCAGCGGGUUCAGUCCUACGAGAGCUACUGAAGAACGAGGCCGCCGCCGCAAUCAUUCUAUACGACGACGGAGAUGAGCCAGGUUCGAGUUCCAAGGGUCUAAAUGCCAUUGACCGUGACCGACCCCAAAGUGGGAGAGGCGUGUUCUGGAGAUUCUUCGAUUGGGUUGAUAAGAGCUCCUUCGAGGUGGCAGCAGAUGCUUUCACCACUUUUCGAGAACUGCUGACACGCCACAAGGACCUUGUACCAAGAUACUUGAGCGCAAACUUUGAACUCUUCUUCGACAAGUACAACAACAUCUUGGUGCAAUCCAACAGUUACGUGACCAAGCGUCAGUCCAUAAAGCUUCUCGGUGAGAUCUUGCUUGAUCGCUCCAACUAUAACGUCAUGACUGCCUAUGUUGAUCGCGGGGAGCACCUCAAGAUAUGCAUGAACCUGCUACGCGAUGAUAGGAAAAUGGUUCAGUAUGAGGGCUUCCACGUAUUCAAGGUCUUUGUUGCAAACCCGCACAAGUCAAUUGCCGUUCAGAAGAUUCUCCUCAUGAAUCGCGAAAAGCUUCUCACAUUCCUCUCUCACUUCCUUGAGGAUCGGACAGAUGACGAGCAGUUCAUCGAUGAGAGAGAAUUCCUCAUCAAGCAAAUCCGCGGCAUGCCCUCAGUUCCCGUUCCUCCUCAACGGUAACUGUAUACAUGCUGCAUUGCCCACUUACUCUGGACAAAUAUGUUCUCACCAUACCAUUUUGCACUCGUGCGGCGUUUUCACUGCUUUUCUCUCACCCGACAGCGAUUCAUGAGGCCAAGGAGCACAGUUCUCUAUUCUUUCACGAUGGCAUAGCAUGAUCUGCAGUGUUGUCUUAUUUUAUCCCUACAGUACUUGUGUUGAAU